AUGAAUAAGCGCUCUGGAGAGAGUCCGAUGGACUUUGAAUGGCAGACCACUGCGCCCGGCGAUAUCACGUCACCCUUUUACCAGCUCAGCAUGCAGCACGAGAACAAGAAGCGCACACAUAGCGCAUUCGACUCCCCCGACAAGAAGCCCUUACCAGGUCUCCGCGCGCCCAACUCGCAGCCCUUCCUCUUCUCCCAGCCGCGGCCGCAGCCCGCGCCGCCGUCUCCCAAAUCAGUGUUUGGCCAGCCGGCUUUCAUGACACCCCGGAAAUUGGAGCUCGACUUCUCGUCCGGUGCGGAAAAUAUGUCGUCGCCCGAAAACGCAGACAACGAAGACACCCCCGAGCAGCCGUCCAAGGGCGGGAAGCGCAAUUCCCUGUUUAAUCUCUACGGCCGCUUUGCACCGAGCCCGGGACGAGGAGAGAUCCCGCGGAUGAACCACUACUCGGGUGCCCUGGCUCGCCGGGUACAGAAGAAACGACGACGGGAUCGGGAGCUCGGCCGGCACAUCCGUCACGACAGCGACGACGAGAGUGAUCGGCCUAGUUGCAGUGAGGGGCAGACUGGCAAGGCCGCUGCAGAGAAAACGGGACAGAAUGCGAAAUCGCAGGCAUCGCGCGUAUCGUCGUUCUCUGAGUUCUUUGCUCUGCUUGAAGCACAUCCCAACGUACCCGGGAUUCUGUCAUGGUGGGCACAGCUGGUGGUGAACUUGUCCCUGUUUUCUCUUGCCGUGUAUGUGGUGUUCGGGUUUGUGUCGGCCAUUCGGUCGGAGUUUGACCAGGCUGCCGAAGAGGUGUCGGACACCAUCCUGGCAGAGAUGGCGACUUGCGCCAAGAGCUACGUGGACAACAAAUGCGCCGGAGGAGACCGGCUGCCCGCCCUGGAGACGGUGUGCGAGAACUGGGAACGAUGCAUGAACCGCGACCCGGCCAAGGUUGGCCGAGCCAAGGUGUCGGCGCAUACUAUGGCUAUCAUUAUCAAUAGUUUCAUCGACCCUAUUAGCUGGAAGGCCAUUAUGUUCUUCCUGGCAACCAUGUCGACCGUGACCGUCGUCAGCAACUGGUCUUUCCGCUCAUUUAGAAACCGUCUUAGUCAACAAGACUACUCGCAAAACGCCCAUAACUUCUCCCGACAACCCUCCGGCCAUGAUGCAUCCAUGCAUGCCCAGCCCCUGCAGCUGCAGCACAAUCCUUCCUUCGGCUAUUACGGCCAACAGGACCCUCGGCAAACUGCCGUUGUUGGCUAUGGAGAGAAGCGAGAUGCACCAUUAAUGCUCGAAAACACCCGGCCGAUGGACUUUGUCACCGAACGCAGCCGUGACCGCGAGAACCACCUUCGGACCCCGAGUCCGUCUAAGCGGGGCCGCAAGUUCGCUUAG